UCAUUCCAUCAUUUGGGUGAAUUUAGGUCUGCCGCAAAGUCAGACACAAGGCGCUUAGGCACGCCGCAAUAUAAAAUCCAUCCCAAAUUUUCCGACUUUUUUCUCCUGUUUUUCGUAAUAAAAUGAAUAUUAUGGGUGGCAUUAGCAGUGUGGCUUCCUUUCCUCCAGUGCUAUUGACAUGUGUGGUAACCACUUUAGUCACAACGAGUUUAGGGGCACCCUUGAAUUUUGUGGAUGACGAGAAAAAUGAUAUUCACAAAUCGGAAGAUUUUCUUUCAACUUCAUCCUCUUGUGGUGGUAAUCUUAGCUUUCGAGAGGGACGGAUAAUCGGUGGGAGAGAAGCUAAUACGGCAGAAAUUCCAUGGCAGGUUUCCAUUCAGAACGGUGGUGAACAUUUCUGUGGGGGUACGAUCAUAUCGGAUCACUAUAUCCUGUCCGCAGCUCAUUGUUUUAGUCAUAUCGAUGAUGAAUAUGCCCAACUUUCUGUGGUUUUGGGGGCACAUCGUAUAACAGCGGAAGAAGAUGCUUUGUCUAAAAUUGAAUAUAAACGAAUUUCCAUAAAACAAGUCACGAACCACCCCGAUUUCGAUGGAGGUCUUCAAUACCUGAAUGACAUUGCGCUGAUUGAAUUGGCCGAGCCGAUUUUGUGGAACAGUUUCGUGUCCCCGAUUUGCUUGCCAAGCGCGGAUGAAAUUUUUGGCAGAACGGCAGACAAGGACAAGAAUAUUUCCGCUGUGGCGUCCGGAUGGGGUCGAACUUGGGGGGAGAAGGUUGAACGGACCGAACUGGAUUUUGAAGAAUUAUACAAAAUUCAUUCCGACGUGUUGAAGACCUUGAACUUGACCAUUCUCCCAAAUUCAGAGUGUGACGAGUACUACCACCAAAAGUCAAACUGGAAAGGAGUGACGCUUGCCCCCAGUCAACUAUGUGCCGGGGUUGUGGACAAAUCGUGGAGAGAGGACACCGCUUCUGGUGAUUCUGGUGGUCCUCUCGCAAUUUAUCAGCAUGGAAGAUGGACAAUUGCUGGUAUUACUUCGUUUGGAACGCCGUAUAGAGCACCAGGGGUCUAUUGCAGGGUCUCCAGUUAUUUGGGCUGGAUUAAGGAGGUGACAAGUAAACGAAUGGAAUAAUAAGAACUGAUCUAAGAAUUAAGACACCAAGUGAUAUUAUGUCUGAUGUGAUAUUAUUUAUUGUAUACUAUUUAUUUUUUACUCUGUCUAACUGAUUUUUAUUAUAUAGUCAAUAAAGAAAGAAUUAAAAUUUGUGUGACUCAUA